AUGCAUGAUUUUCUGCUUAAAGGUGUUUGCUAAAGCAAACCGCUAUCUGUAUAUCAUGCAGUAAACCAUUUUCACACUUUCGGCAAAACUGCAGCGUAGGUAGUAAAAUUAACAUUUUAUUUUUAAAUGUUUUGUUUCAAACAGCUUUCGUAAAUUUGUUAAGUAUGUCAACGGUGAUUUUUGAGAACUUCUGUCGGCUAUGUCCGGAAAUAUAUCUGCUGCCGUUUUCAGCUGAUUCUGCAUAGAUUUCCUUAUGGCUACUGUUAACAUUUAUGAUUAUGCAAUCCGGGAAUCGGACAAUAAUGUUCAAAACUAAUAGAAAGGUCUCAUUUUAUCAACACAUCUUGAAUGACAUCCACAAACAUAAAGAAAGUGUGCUGGUAUAAUACAAAGCCUAAAUUUCGUAUAUCUGCACUUGCAGCUAGGGGAAGUUCUACUUUCACGCACUCCCAAACGCUGGUACAGCGUCUUGUUACGUUUGCCGUGUACAUGUUAUGUAGUUUGUUGCUUUGUGCUACUCGUAAACCGUAGUGGACUUGACUUCGCAGCAGCUAGCGUACACUUAUUGGAUUAAAAAAAGUUUUCCUAAUUUUUCUGGAAAUUUCAGUGUGGUUCCUCUUUUUCUUACGCAAAACAUAAGAUACUCGGCCAUCGCAUAUGCUUUGUAUUACUGUAUGUGCAUGUGUAAUUGUUACGGCGAAAAUUGUUGAGGUGUUUUAUAUGUUUAUAGGCAUGAAUGCUGUCGUACUCUGCAUUAACAUUAUACUUUGUGUGUUACUGUAUAAGUGGUCAUUUAUCUAAGUAGAAAUAUUCUUGAUUCACCUACUUUAAACAGUAAUUUCGCCCGGAAAAACCAUGCAGCGCUUUAUAUGCGUCAUAUUACCGUAUGCCUUUUACUUCCUCGAUAAUUUUUAUGAGUUUUCCCGUGUACUCGUAUGCAGGGCUCACCCCGCUGAACUUAAUUUAAUUGCACCGGAACGUUAUCUAGGUUGUUUUGUUACGGUCCUGAAACUCAUGAAUAUCGAACGAUGCUUUUAUAUAUAUACCAGAAGAUAUGCCGCUAGUCUACCGUCAACUCGGUUUCGGUCCGGUUCGGCUCGGUUUCGGUCCGGUUUUCAGUCGAACCGGUUUGGAGCCGAUUUGAAUUCCCCUUUCUUUUGUUUAUUUUUCCCCACCCUCUUUUUGUAUGAACAUGAAUGAACAUGAAAUACCACACAAUCUAACAGAAGAAAGCCCAACACUUAUUGAAAAUAACACCCCGACAAAUCGGACACAGUAGCAGCUUGCUUGAAAAUUUUGCGCAGCAAACUAAAUGACCGCAGGGUCUAAACAUGAUUUCAGAAUCAUUCUCGUAGCAAACUUUACAGCUCAACUUCUCUUUGGGAUCUUCGGACGGCGUAGCUGGCGGUGCUUUUCGCAAUAGCACACAACACGUUGUUUCGGCUUCUUUGCGUUUUUUCCGAAUGUCACUGAUGAAUGCUAAGCCUUUUGUCUGUAUAAGAUACGGACACUUUGGGUAAGUCCAAGCGUGCUCCUCCCACGGGGCAUCGUCUUUCUCCCAAGCAUGUAGUGCACCUCCACAGUGAAAACAGCGUACACGAUCAUCCCUGCCUUCAUAAUAAAAGCCGGCCGCAGCCAUAUCCCUGGGAUGCUGAUGUUUGUUUGCUGGCCAAUCAGCGUAAGUAGCGAAACGUGCCUUGUAGUCUUUCAUUGCCGGUGAAAACGGAAGUAGUAUUCUCUCAUCUUCACCCCUUACACAGUCUGGACGGGCUAAGCGGUGUCGGUAGUAUGGUUUGUACCGUGAGUUCACCCAGUCACCCAUAAUAUAGCCACAGUAUGCACAGUGAAUUUCGUCAUGCACCCCUUGAUAAUAAAACCCCUGGCUUGCCAGUUCUCUAGGGGCGAGCGACUGGUCCGGCCAGUUUUCAAAACUGUUGAAGCGAUUGCUGAUCAGUGUCAUAUCCAUUUUGACAGUCAACUGAACACCUGCAAUGGGUGGCUGGGGUUUAUAUAGUGUCUUGGGACUGCGACGAUUCAAGACCACACCUCCAAAACAGUGUGGUUACCAGCUAUUGGAUCAUUAGUACGAAGGCCAACCUCUUGUUAUACCGUAAGGGUAGAGUAUUGGUCGGUUAUGGUGUUACCGCAUACAAGAUGGUUUGCAUGGCAUAGUAUGUACUUUGACACUGGGGCUCUCUGUUUAGUGUCUUUAUCGUACAGGUUUAGCCUGAAACUGUAUAAAUGAACCGUGUUUGCUUUGUACUAGUACGAAUGUUGUGUGUAAUCAACUGUGCAUGCUUUAGUGUAUCGGGAUUAGCAUUAAACUGUGUUUGUCAUCAGUUCUGAGUAAGUUCUGUCUAAUUUGUGUCUAGUACAAUAGUUUAGCCUGUUUUCAGUGUAUGAGCUUAUUCAAUGAUAGAGCCCAAAACAAUUAGGCAAAGUUAUUAUUCCUUAGAAAUUAUUCUGCAUUGAGUAAAGGUAGAAUGUCGUUGAGUGUUUCAACCAUCUUUUGUUAUCCACUGGGUAUAAAAGAAGAGCCAGAUAUUAAUCCUGGUUUACUAGGUCAAGCAUUCUUUGGAUUUUUGUUUCGUAGAUAAUGUCAUCCUGGUUCGUCGCGACAGUGUUAGCCCGGGUUUUUGUUCUCGUCUAGACACAUUAGUCUGGGUUCUUCUGUCUGUCGAGAAAUACAAUACUUGUUUUUCUAGGUCAACAUAUAAUAAGGUAUUAUAUCAACAAAACUUUCAAUUGUUAGAACAAUCACUACUAUGCAAUUCAGUUAGCUAACUAAACAAGGCAGCGGUCCGAGCGUAGCGAGGACCGCCCCUAUGUCACUGUUCUCUCGGCGUGUGCGCGGGAGGUCUCCUGCCGUGGCCGAGCGGAGUGAGGCCAGGCUGAGUAAGUAUAGUUAGGGCGUAUGUGGUAGGGAGUUAGGUACAGUCGCUUAGGGAAGGGGAGGUAUCUAGUAACGCCCAUUUGGUUUCUGUCUGAUAUUAGCUCGUUUCAGUCUUUCAUUGUUUUCAGCUUGAUUUUUAUUGGUAGUUUGGAUUUCUGUCUGAUAUUAGCGCGUUUCGGUCAAUCAUUGUUUUCGGGACGAUUUUUAUUGGUAGUUGCUUGCCUAGAUACGCCUACCUCGGUUUCUGUCUGAUAUUAGCGCGUUUCAGUCUUUCAUUGUUUUCGAGAUGGUUUUUGGUUGGUUCUUGGUCUGUACGCUAAAAGUUAGUCUAGUUAACUGUAUUCAGUUAACAUAACGUCAUCAUACAACGAUAUCAGACAAUAGAUAGUACGAUUUUCUGGAUAUCGAAAGUUGGAACUUCGUUUGGUUUCGGGUUAUAUAAACGCCGCGACCGGGCAUUUUUACUUCAUUCCAACAGUUUACUUUUCUCCAUUGGAUUACCACCAUUGCCUGGAUUAUUCAACCGCUUUGCCUGCUUUUUUCAGUUAGUUUUUUAGUUGUUUAGCAGUUCCUCGGAUCCUUUACCAUGCCUCGUCUUAGUUAUGCCAAGCGUGCAGCCAUUUUGGCCCACCCCAUGCCUCCUCACAUGUUCCUAUUUGUCAACCGGCAGCACUACGUCAACUGGUCCAUCAAGCAAGCUGAUGAAAUUAUGCAAUACCUUAAGAUAUGGCAGUCGAGAUCGGAUGAAGAGAAUGUUAAACAAGCUCAGCAUUUCAAGGAUAUUGUAAGCACUGUACUUCGUGUGGCGUUGAAGGCUGAGUACACGUGGGUUAAGGGCAUUGGUCAGGAUCACCGUGACCUGAUGGAUUGGUUGCAGCUGCUAGAGAAUCUGAUUGACGCUCUGUGCCCUGGUUUGUUUGUUAACGCGCGUGCCUGGAAUUACGUUGCUGAGCUGCCAGAGCCGCCACUCUCGUAUCGUAAAGCUAAACCAAAGGCUCAGCGUAAGGCUCAACCAAAGGCCAAGCCUCAGGUGAAGCGCGUGGUUAAGCCGAAGGCUAAGCCUGUGUCUAAGCCGAAGGCUAAGUCGAUGGUGAAGCCGAAGGCUAAGCCUUUGGUGAAGUCGAAGGCUAAGCCUGUGAUUCCACCCAUGCCUCGCCUCACUUUUCCCAGCUGCUCCGAAGUCAUCACCCUUGACCCGCCUACGCCUCGCCUCGUCUUCCCUAGCUGCUCCGAGGUCAUCACACUGGACGACUCUAUUGCGGAGGGUGAGCGCACCAUGGACUUCAGCAGCAUUUGGGGUGAGCCUACGCCUGUUCAACAGUUGACUGCGGAGUUGGAGGAGAUGGUACUGGAUGACGGACCUGUCUCACUGCAUUCUUUUGAUUUCAAUGACACUUGGAUGCCAUCUGUUAACUUUAAGUUCAAUUAGAAUGUGUGUGUGUGGUUAUUGCGUAUGUUUUUCUGCUUCUUUAAGCUGAGUUCAACAAUAAAACUGUGUUUUUGUUUUGUGUUAAGGACUUUUUUAGAACAUUGUAUGAUAAUAAACUGCUUGUUUUUUUGUGAUGGACUUUUCUGUGUUCUUAUGGGAUUUUACAUGGGAAUAAAUGUCGCUGAGAAAAUAGCUAUCAUGUCUUUGAUAUAGUAGUUAGGUUAUAGAAAAGUUAAAGAAAAAGAGAGAGAGAGAGAUGAGAGAGAGAGAAAAAAAAAAAAAAAAAAGAAGAAAGGGAAAAAAGGAAAAGUUUAAGACGAGGCGCGCGCGCGCCAAGUCGAAGCCGCGGCCGAGCGGAGCGAGGCCAGGCGGAGAACAAAAACCCGGGCUAACACUGUCGCGACGAACCAGGAUGACAUUAUCUUCGAAACAAAAAUCCAAAGAAUGCUUGACCUAGUAAACCAGGAUUAAUAUCUGGCUCUUCUUUUAUACCCAGUGGAUAACAAAAGAUGGUUGAAAUACUCAACGACAUUCUACCUUUACUCAAUGCAGAAUAAUUUCUAAGGAAUAAUAACUUUGUUUAAUUGUUUGGGCUCUAUCAUUGAAUAAGCUCAUACACUGAAAACAGGCUAAACUAUUGUACUAGACACAAA